UAAUUUUGGUGGGAUAUUAGCAGCUUGACUUUUUGAUUUAGUCAUGUGGUUUGAGAUCGCAUAACAGUGCUUUUUAGGACAUUUUUAUUGCAGGCUUGUAAGGUGGUUGAGUUUGGGUUUGAUUACUUGCGUUCCACUUUAGGUUUCUAUAUGCCUGACCUUCCCAAACAUUUGGUGCUAAGUUAAGCUGAGGUGCGCUGAAGGGCUAGUUGCAGCAGAUUUGAGCUGUAGAUUUAUUCUUGUGAAAUUGGCAGAAAUCCGCAAGGAAGUACAGUGCCCAAUUUGUCUAGGGAUUAUUCGGAAGACAAGAACGGUUAUGGAAUGCCUCCAUCGUUUUUGCAGAGAAUGCAUUGACAAGUCUAUGCGUCUGGGGAACAAUGAAUGUCCUGCUUGUCGAACACAUUGUGCUAGUCGCCGAUCUUUGCGAGAUGAUCCAAAUUAUGAUGCCCUCAUUUCAGCUUUAUAUCCAGAUAUUGAUAGCUAUGAGGAGGAGGAAUUGGCUUUCCAUGAAGAGGAGAAGGCUCGCAAUAAGCAGAUCCAAGCCUCAAUUGCCCAGACACUUCGACGACAAACAGAAGCACUGGGUAGGAAACGGACUGCUAGGGCAACAGCAGCUGCAUUUGUAAGAAGAUCACAGGGAAGUUAUCGUAAUUUGAGGGGAAGGAGAAACCAUCGAGCUGCUGAGCACCAAGAAUCUGAUGAUGAUGAGGAGGAUACUAAUGGUCACGAUGCAGGUAAGGAUUCGUCUUCCGCUGAUGAGCACAUAGCAUUCAAACCAAAAAGAUACAAAAGAUGGGGAGGAGCUCGGUUUUCUCAGAUUUCUUCGGGAGCAGCCAGUGCAGAUGGAGGCUGUGAUGAUAAUGAUGCUGAACUGAAUACAGAAUCCGUGGGUGUGUCUGCUGGGCUUGUCAGCAGCUCAGAGAUGCUUGUCUGGGGCAAAGGUGGCAUGCGGAGUCACACCCGACAUGGCAAUUUGAGUGGUGGUAAUGGCAAGCAUGGCAGGAACAACCGCCUGUCCAAGCUGAUUGAUUGUCUUCGAAGUUCAGAGGAAAAUGAGAAUGUGUUGGAUAUCCAUCUUAUGCUUGUUUCUUUGGACGAACAAAAAAUACCCAAUUUGCAGCAGCCCUAUCUCUGCUGCAGGCCUACUUUAUCAGUUAAACAUAUAUGCCAGUAUGUUGCUAUCCAGACUUCCAUGCCAGCUGAUGAAGUUGAAAUGUUGUUGGUGAAAGAGUUUCAUUCCAAUCUCAACCCCUCAACCUCCUCGAGUGUUUUGAUCUCCAGGUGCAGAAUUAUGGAUCCAUGCAAAGAUGAAUUGCAUGCAUUGGAAGAACAUGAAACCUUGGUGGGACUUCAAGCUAGGUUCAAUUUUAGUCAGAGACAUGUGCUUUUGGCAUUCCGGCAAAAGUCGACAUGAUUAGAAAACUCGUGAUGAAUCAAUGACAGGACAAGGCGUUGCAUCAGUUUCUUGUAAGAUGUGUGAAAAUAUAAUUUUAAAAGAACAUUCUGCAGUAUUUAUUAAUCCUGAUUGAAUGCUAUGUAUAUUUUCUUUUGGAAAUUGGGGGUUGUGGGAAAUUGGAGUACCAAACAAAAUACUAAUAUGGUUUUAGGAGUCGGGAAAAAGGGUUAUUGCUUGUAUCUAAGUACAACUUGAAUUUGUUGUCUAUCUAAAUCAAGUAUUCAUAGAUCUUGCUUAAAG